CGCGGAGCAUUGUGGGCAGAGGGGCGGGGGUUGGGAAGAUGGCGGCUCCCAGCCUCCUCAACUGGAGGCGGGUUUCCUCCUUCACGGGGCCGGUCCCCCGCGCCCGGCACGGACACCGGGCCGUGGCCAUCCGGGAGCUGAUGAUCAUCUUCGGAGGGGGCAACGAGGGCAUCGCGGACGAGCUGCACGUCUACAACACGGUUACCAAUCAGUGGUUCCUACCAGCUGUUAGAGGAGACAUCCCUCCAGGCUGUGCUGCCCAUGGAUUUGUCUGUGAUGGUACCAGAAUAUUAGUAUUUGGGGGAAUGGUUGAGUAUGGAAGAUACAGCAAUGAGUUAUAUGAGUUACAAGCAAGUCGUUGGUUAUGGAAAAAAGUAAAACCCCACCCCCCUUCUUCUGGUUUACCUCCUUGUCCUCGGCUUGGACAUAGCUUCUCUUUAUAUGGUAACAAAUGCUAUUUGUUUGGAGGCUUGGCAAAUGAAAGUGAAGAUUCAAACAAUAAUGUUCCCAGAUAUUUAAAUGAUUUCUAUGAGUUGGAGCUACAGCAUGGUUCUGGUGUGGUGGGUUGGAGCAUUCCAGUAACUAAAGGAACUGUGCCUUCUCCAAGAGAAUCCCACACAGCUGUCAUAUAUUGCAAAAAAGAUUCUGGAAGUCCUAAAAUGUAUGUUUUUGGUGGAAUGUGUGGUGCUCGCCUAGAUGACCUAUGGCAACUUGACUUAGACACUAUGUCGUGGUCAAAACCAGAAACUAAAGGGGCAGUGCCACUUCCACGAAGCCUUCACACAGCCAGUGUCAUAGGAAACAAGAUGUACAUUUUUGGUGGAUGGGUUCCUCAUAAGGGGGAAAAUACUGAAACUUCACCUCAUGAUUGUGAAUGGAGAUGUACCAGUUCAUUUUCUUACCUAAAUUUGGACACAGCAGAAUGGACUACCCUAGUAUCAGAUUCUCAGGAAGAUAAGAAAAAUUCAAGACCAAGACCAAGAGCUGGACAUUGUGCUGUUGCAAUUGGCACUCGAUUGUAUUUUUGGAGUGGAAGAGAUGGCUACAAAAAAGCACUGAAUAGUCAAGUCUGCUGCAAGGAUCUUUGGUAUCUUGAUACUGAGAAACCUUCGGCACCAUCACAAGUACAACUGAUCAAAGCCACUACCAACUCCUUUCAUGUCAAAUGGGAUGAAGUGCCUACAGUUGAGGGCUAUCUUUUGCAGUUGAAUACGGACUUGCCAUACCAAGCUACAUCAUCAGAUUCUUCAGCAGCAGUAAAUAUGCAAGGAGUCAGGAUGGACCCACACAGACAAGGCUGUAAUAGCGUCAUUCCUAACAAUAUCAGUGAAACAAUGAACAGUGCAAAAAUUGAACAUACAUCUGUGAAAGGAACUUCAGUGAAAAACAAACCUGAUCUCAAAGCAUCAACUGAUUCUAAUGCCAUUUUACAUUCAUCUUUGGCAACUAAUGCUUCUAAUCAUAAUAGUUGUGUGAUGGAUAUGCUAAAGAAAAAUGAAGGUCCUCACACUUCAGCAGAUAUAGGUGUUCUAAGUAGUUGCCUGGACUUAAGAACAGUAAUCCCUGAAACUUCUGUAUCCAGUACUGUUUCCAGCGCACAAACUAUGGUAACCCAGCAGACCAUUAAAACUGAAUCAUCCAGUACAAAUGGGGCAGUUGUUAAAGAUGAAACUUCACUAACAACAUUCAGUACCAAAUCUGAAGUUGAUGAAACAUGUGCACUGCCUGCAACUAAGAUCAGCCGUGUAGAGGCACAUGCUGCAGCGAUGCCAUUUUCUAAAGAGACUCCUUCAAAUCCAGUGGCCACAAUGAAAGCAGGAGAACGACAGUGGUGUGACGUAGGAAUUUUUAAAAAUAAUACAGCUUUGGUGAGCCAGUUUUAUUUGCUGCCGAAAGGGAAGCAAAGCAUCUCAAAGUCUGGAAAUGCAGACGUGCCUGACUACAGUUUACUUAAGAAACAAGAUCUGGUUCCAGGCACAGGAUACAGAUUCAGGGUUGCUGCCAUCAAUGGUUGUGGAAUAGGCCCUUUCAGCAAAAUCAGUGAAUUUAAAACAUGUAUUCCUGGUUUUCCUGGAGCUCCUUCUGCAGUCAGAAUUUCUAAGAAUGUUGAGGGUAUCCAUCUUUCCUGGGAACCUCCAACUUCACCUUCUGGAAAUAUUUUGGAAUAUUCAGCCUACUUGGCUAUUCGCACAGCACAAAUACAAGAUAACCCAAGUCAGCUUGUGUUUAUGAGGAUUUACUGUGGUCUUAAGACAUCAUGUGUAGUAACUGCUGGGCAACUUGCAAAUGCCCAUAUUGAUUAUACAUCCAGGCCUGCCAUUGUGUUCAGGAUAUCAGCAAAGAAUGAAAAGGGAUAUGGACCGGCUACACAAGUUCGAUGGCUUCAAGAGCCAGGCUUCUAUACUGCUACUCUAUCAAAAUGAUGCUAGCAAAGGUCAGUGAUAACUUCUCAUUUCCCAAACCCAGUGAAUUCUUCCAUUGUACUUAAUCUUGUCUUUUGAAAUUUUUAACAACUGGCUGAUGCUUUCACAUGUUCUUAGAAGUAGUACUGUGCUCUUUCUUUAUGUAGUCCUCCUGUCUGCAGUCCUCUUCUCCACUCCCACCAGUUGCCAUUCGUUUUUUCAAAAUUAAGGUCAAAUGUUGCCAAUCUGAUGAUGCCUUUCCUGACAUACUCCAUUUCCAGGUAGAUUUGACCCCUUCUUUUUGUGCCCCCACAGUCCUUUGUUAAAUCUUCGGUCACAGCAGCCUGAAGACCCUUUGCCCUUUUUUGUUAGCCUUGUUCUUCUCCCUCUGGCAGGUCUUUGAGGCAGAGACUGGAUCUUCAUAUCUCUUUCAUAUCAGCCACUUAGCUGGUACUUAAAUAUUUUAAACAAAUGAUUAAAGAAAAUUUUCACCUUUAACAUCUCUCCAUGUUCUUAUUCCCCCUCUCAAAUUGGGGUCAGAAAUGGGAGGGAGGCUUUGAAAGGGAAAGAGAUUUUAGCCAAUUUAAUAAACUGGAGGAAAUACAAACUCCAGCUUUGUCUCAUCCUACCCUUUUCUUACUUAGGUUCCUAAGAGAAGUUCUGGAAUUCAUAAGGGAUGUGUCACAUAUUUACUAGGCUAAAAGGGCUUUAAUACAGGUAUGUAAAGAUCUCAAGAGGAAAUCUUUAAUCUAAAAAGAUCUGAGCAUUUAGCAAGAUUGUUGGAUUAUGAUUUCUAACAUUGGAUGAUCCUGGAAAGUGAGCUAAAAAUAUUUCCGAAAUUAAUCUCUCUGAUUUCCAUAUAGGAGAGUCAUGGUCAAUUAACAUUAGAAAAAUGUUACAUUUUCUAAUGUUAGGAAAAACCAAUUUCUAACAUUAGGAAAAACUACCUACCCAUUUAAUAUCUAAGCCCUGGGAAUUGCUGGAGGAGCCAGAACCAGCAGCGUUAGAACCACUGGACUGGCUUCUGUUACCUCUCUCAGGUCACUGUUGUCACCUCUGAACUGACUAGUACCAAGGAUUCUUACACUACUAGAAAACAAGAGGACAUUGGUACACUUCCCUUCCACAUUUCCCAGUUAUAGUUGCAGUUCCUGUACUUACAGAUUUCUGUAAGUCAGGAAAAAGCUUUUUUUUAAAUCAUGCCUGGAGAAACAUGAAUUGUAACAUUCUGGGGAGAAAGAAUAUUCUAUAAACGGAAUGAAGAAAGAAAAGGCUGUAAAAUCCAAGGAUACCAGCCUCUUUAUUCAAAAUAGAUUUCUAUGUCUUAUUAGUAUCUAUUUGCUUGUUUUCUGUCCUUUGCAGAACCCAGAAUCAGGAAAAUGUCCAUAGUUGUUGAACUGUUAAUCUCAACAAUAUCAUCUGAAACUGAGAAUGAGGUUUUUUGUGUGUUUGGUAUCUUGGAUAAACUGAAUUGAGUAAGGGCCUGAUACUGUCAUCAGAUUUGCAGUCUGACUGCCACUGAUGCCAGUACCUCAAAUUCAGAAGUCUUGAGAAUAUAGGGUUAUGAAGCCUAUAGCCUCGGAUAGAGAGAAAGCUAGGAAGCCAUAGGUAGGUGGCCGUGAAGGCAGCAGCAGGAUUCCAUUAUUUCCUGACUUGUUUUUGCUGGUUCAACAAAAAGACUUUGCAGAGUAUGCAGAAAUGUCAGGGUGUUUACAUAUAACCCCCACAGAUAAUUAAAGUGCCAAAAGUAUGAACUGGUGGCAUAUCAGUGAAGGAAGCCCCCCACCACUGCCCCCAUCUUGUCUACUCCCCCUUCCUGCUGUCCUUACUACCCAGAGACAAGAAGCUAAAGGAUACAUCAUUCCUCAGCAUGAGAAUGGAGGAAGGCACAAGGAAAAUCCUUUGUGUCUGAGCAUAUACAGGUUAAAAAUAAAAGGUAGCAACUGGUAUUUGCUUUUGAACAUAGAGAAACAUUGUCCACUAGUAAAUCAUGGUCCAAAAAAUGUCAGAGUUGACCAAAAGUAUUGUCCAUUCUUCUCCUAUCUGGAGAGAGUACAAGUUCCCUAAGAACUUGAGAAGGUUCCCUCCUAAUUUCUCUAUUUCUUAUUGGAGAAGGAGGAAAGAACUACAGGAUAGAACGAAGGGUGAGUGUGCCACUGACGGCAGCAUAGCGUGGAGAAGAGUAGGCAGUCUGAAGGUCGAACUAACUGCUUGAUCCAAAAUCAUCCUGCUACCUGUUGCAGUUUAGCACCCCCUGGUGGCAGUACCCAUUCUAGCUUAAAUAGUGGGUCCUGUAGCUGCCUGAGACUUUUUUAGUAACUACAGUAAUAGCUGGAACUUUCUGGUGAGUUGGCACUCCUGUGUUGGACCCAGUUGGGCAGAGAGGACCUGGAGAACAUACUUUCUACUUCCUCAUUUCCUGGGAAUGGGUUUCGGGCCUUUUGCUGCUGGGCCUGGUCUACCUCUUUUAGCCUGCCCUGUUUGGCUAUAGGGAACAAAUUGAAUAUUUCAAGAUUAUUUUUUCCUCGAAAUUUAAAAUUAUAUAACAAAGUUUAUAGCUAAUUCCCUCAGUCAGGAGAAAUUGUACUCUAACUGUGUCUUGUUUGAUCUGCAAAAUGGCAUCGCCAGCCAUGGCCUUGGCAAAGAUGUGAUUACAAAAUUGUUAAAUUUGUGUGACCAACCUGACACCUGUUACUGAUCGAUGUGGCAAAACAAUCAAUAGCUACCAUGCACUUUCUGUAUUUUGGAUUACUUAACCCUUAAUGCAUUAUCAGGAGAAUGUGCCAAAGGGAAUUUGUACUUUGAAAAUAGAGAGAGAUGGUUGUCUUUGUCAGUUUAUUUUGGGAUUGCAUCACUUAUCAUACCAUUCUCUGCUUUAUACAAAUAAUUAUACCCAACGAACAAAGUUAUCAAUUAACCAGAAUCAUUCCCAUAACUCUGGGCCAACUUGGCAGAGAGUACUACAAUACAUCUCAUUGGAUCCUGGCCCUAUGGGAACCUAGUUAACCUUUGUGAGGAAUUGCCCCAUACACAUUCAUUUUUUCAUAUUAUCAUGUAUUUCUUCCCCACCAGAUACAAUUAUUGGCUGAUUUACAAUGUAUAGCAGUGGCUGAAAUAUUGGGAGAUGUUCUCCCUUUGUUAAAAUUGCAUUACAUAACUCAUCUUUUUUCUUUUAAAAUGUUAUGAAACAAGUAAAAUGAUCACACAUGUAACCUUCAGCUUAAGAACUAGAACAUUCUCAGAUGCCUAGAAUCCCCCAUUGUCUUCCCUCCACUUACACCUCACAAGGUAAACAUAACUCUGGAUUUUUCAUUGAUAAUUCCCAUAUUUUAAUUUAUGGUUCUACCGUCCACAUAUGUACCCCUAAUAUGUUGCUCAGAUUUUCUUGUUUUUGAACUUUCAUGGUAAUUGUAUCAUGCUGUAUUUUAUUCUUCUGUGACUUUUUCUGACAUUGUUUUUGAGAUUCCCAUCCAUGUUUAUGUAUGUAACUGUAUUUCAUUUGUUUUCACCACUGUGUAGUAUUCCAUUGUAUGACUACCACAAUUUAUUAAUCUGUUUUUCUGUUCAUGGAGAUUUGGAUUAUUUUCAGUUUUUGGCUAUUAUGAAUGCUGUUGUGAACAUUUUGUUAACUACAAUGUAAGCUCCAUGUGGGCAGGGCUUCGGUCUGUUUUGACUGAUUUUGUCUGUAGAUAUUUACAGUGUCUAGAACAAUACCUGGCACAUGGUAGAUGCCCAAUAAAUAUUUGAGGAAUGAAUGUAUUCUUGUAUGUGUCUCCUGGUGCACAUGUACAAGAGUUGGGCAGCUGUUUUCAAAGUGUGGUUUUAGGAUCCCUGAGGAUCCCUGAGACCCUUUCAGGAAACUUGUGAGGACAAACUAUUUUCCUAAGAAUAUCAAAACAUUAUUUGACCUUUUCACUCUCAUUUUUUCAUGAGUUUAAAUAUAUACCAGAUAUAUGAUGAUGUUAUCACUUUGACAGCUAAUCACUUGUGUUGUGUACUUGUGUAUUUUUGUUUGAAAAUAUGUUUUAACAUCUAAUAUGGUAAUUUCUAGUAUGGUAUUGAUAAAUAUAACCCACAUAAAGAAUAGCUUUUUGAGGUCCUCAGUAAUUUUUGAGGAUUCUCAGUAAUUUUUGAGAAUUUAUGGAGGUUCUGAGACCAAAAAUAUGAAAACUGCUGCUCUAAGAAGCAGGUUUUACUUGGCCAUGCUGAACGGUUUUCUAAAGCAUUUGUAACAGUUCACGCUCCCACCGGCAGUGGUUGAGUGUCACUGCUCCACAUCUCAGCACGUAUUUUGUGUUGACUAUCUUUUAUAUUUGCCAAUCAGAUGGUGAUUAUAUGGUAUCUGACUGUGGGUUUAAUUUGCAUAUCCCUGGUUACUAAUGAAAUUGAGUGUUUUUUUUUCCAUAUAUGAAUGUGUUUCUUUGUGAAAUAUUUGUUCAUGUCUUUUGCCCAUUUUUCUCUUUAGUACAUGUCUUUUUUUCAUUGAUUAGCAUGAUUUCUUUAUAUAGUCUGGAUACCAACCCUUUGUCAGUUAAACAUGUAAAUAUAUCUUCUCCCAGUCUGUGUAUUGUCUUUUGUAAUUGUAUUGAAUCUGUUGAUCAGUGUGGGGAAAAUUGGUAUUUUUUCAAUAAUGAGUCUUCCUAGCCAAACACACUGUGUAUCUCUCCAUUUAUUUGGUCUUCUUUCAAUAUCUCUCAAUAAACUUUAAUAAUUUUUCUCCAUAAA